GUUCGCCCGUUACUCGGACGGAGCUUAUAAAAGACAGCGGUGUUUAGAUCCUACGCUCGGCGCGCCACAAACACGACGCACUCCUCAUGGGGCGCGCUAACCUCAUCCGAUAGUACAACAAAUAUUAUCAUAACUAUUGGGACCAAGUGAUUAGUGAUACGAACUGACGGCAACGUAGAAAUUCCACCAUGGAGGACGCUCACACGAAAUCCGUGGACGAAGUCUUAGGAUAUUUUGGUACAGAUCCAGACAAAGGUCUAACUCCAGAUCAGAUUAAAAGAAACCAGGAGAAAUAUGGACCAAAUGAAUUGCCCGCAGAGGAAGGAAAAAGUAUAUGGCAAUUAGUUCUCGAACAGUUUGAUGACCUUUUAGUGAAGAUUUUGCUGUUAGCCGCUAUUAUUUCGUUCGUGUUAGCUUUAUUUGAAGAACACGAAGACGCAUUCUCAGCAUUCGUAGAACCUUUUGUUAUUUUAUUAAUUCUUAUCGCUAACGCCGUGGUAGGAGUAUGGCAGGAAAGGAACGCAGAAUCCGCCAUCGAAGCUUUAAAAGAAUACGAACCGGAAAUGGGAAAAGUUGUAAGAGGCGACAAAUCCGGUGUCCAGAAGAUCCGUGCUAAGGAGAUCGUCCCCGGUGACAUCGUCGAGGUGUCAGUCGGUGACAAAAUCCCAGCUGACAUCCGUCUGAUCAAGAUUUACUCUACAACUAUCCGUAUCGAUCAGUCCAUCCUCACCGGUGAGUCGGUGUCUGUGAUCAAACACACCGACGCCAUCCCCGACCCCCGCGCUGUCAAUCAGGACAAGAAAAACAUUCUCUUCUCCGGUACCAAUGUCGCCGCUGGUAAAGCCCGUGGAAUCGUCAUCGGAACUGGUCUCAACACUGCCAUCGGUAAGAUUCGUACUGAAAUGUCCGAGACUGAGGAGAUCAAGACCCCUCUGCAACAAAAACUCGAUGAAUUCGGUGAGCAGCUCUCGAAGGUUAUCUCCGUCAUCUGUGUCGCCGUCUGGGCUAUCAACAUCGGCCACUUCAACGACCCCGCCCACGGCGGAAGCUGGAUCAAGGGUGCCGUAUACUAUUUCAAGAUCGCUGUGGCUUUGGCUGUAGCUGCCAUCCCUGAAGGUUUGCCUGCUGUCAUCACCACCUGUCUGGCCCUCGGUACUAGGAGAAUGGCUAAGAAGAACGCUAUCGUUAGGUCUCUGCCAUCAGUUGAGACCCUCGGUUGUACCUCAGUUAUUUGCUCAGACAAGACCGGAACUCUCACCACCAACCAAAUGUCCGUCUCUCGCAUGUUCAUCUUCGAAAAGGUCGAAGGUGGCGACAGCAGCUUCUUGGAAUUCGAAAUCACUGGCUCUACAUACGAACCCAUCGGCGACGUGUACUUGAAGGGACAGAAAGUAAAGGCCUCCGAAUUCGAUGCUCUCCAUGAACUGGGUACUAUUUGCGUUAUGUGCAAUGACUCCGCUAUCGAUUUCAACGAAUUCAAACAGGCUUUCGAAAAGGUCGGUGAAGCUACUGAGACAGCUCUUAUCGUGCUCGCUGAAAAAAUGAAUCCUUUCAAUGUCCCUAAAACUGGUCUCGAUCGCCGCUCAUCCGCCAUCGUUGUCCGCCAAGAAGUUGAAACCAAAUGGAAGAAAGAGUUCACUCUCGAGUUCUCCCGUGACAGAAAAUCUAUGUCGACUUACUGCACACCUCUCAAACCCUCUCGUCUUGGAAACGGACCUAAACUUUUCGUUAAGGGCGCCCCAGAAGGAGUCUUGGAGCGUUGUACCCACGCUCGUGUUGGAACCGCCAAAGUCCCUCUUAGCUCCACCCUCAAGAACCGCAUUCUCGAACUCACCCGUUCAUACGGUACCGGCCGUGACACCCUGCGUUGCUUAGCUUUGGCAACCGCCGACAACCCCAUGAAACCAGAUGAGAUGGACCUCGGAGACUCCACCAAAUUCUACACCUACGAAGUUAACCUAACCUUUGUCGGAGUCGUGGGCAUGUUGGACCCUCCACGUAAAGAAGUAUUCGAUUCUAUCGUCCGCUGCCGCGCCGCCGGAAUCCGCGUCAUUGUCAUCACCGGUGACAACAAGGCCACAGCUGAAGCUAUCUGCAGACGUAUUGGUGUAUUCAAAGAAGAUGAGGACACCACUGGCAAGUCUUACUCUGGACGUGAAUUCGACGAUCUUCCCGUUGCUGAACAACGCCAGGCCUGCGCUAGAGCACGUCUGUUCUCAAGAGUGGAACCCGCUCACAAGUCCAAGAUCGUUGAAUACCUGCAGAGCAUGAACGAAAUCUCCGCUAUGACUGGUGAUGGUGUCAAUGACGCCCCUGCUCUCAAAAAGGCCGAGAUCGGUAUUGCCAUGGGUUCAGGUACCGCCGUAGCCAAGUCUGCCGCUGAGAUGGUCCUCGCCGACGACAACUUCUCAUCCAUCGUCGCUGCCGUUGAAGAAGGUCGCGCUAUCUACAACAACAUGAAACAGUUCAUCCGCUACCUGAUCUCGUCCAACAUCGGUGAAGUGGUGUCUAUCUUCCUGACGGCCGCUCUGGGUCUCCCCGAAGCUCUGAUCCCCGUCCAACUGUUGUGGGUGAACCUGGUCACUGACGGUCUACCCGCCACCGCCCUCGGCUUCAAUCCACCCGAUCUUGACAUUAUGGACAAACCACCGCGCAAGGCUGACGAGGGUCUCAUCUCUGGAUGGCUGUUCUUCAGAUACAUGGCUAUCGGUGGCUACGUCGGUAUGGCGACCGUCGGAGCUGCUUCCUGGUGGUUCAUGUACUCGCCCUUCGGACCUCAGAUGACCUACUGGCAACUCACACACCACUUGCAAUGCAUCAACAGCCCCGAAGACUUCAAGGGUAUCGACUGCAAGAUCUUCACAGACCCCCACCCCAUGACCAUGGCUCUCUCAGUAUUGGUAACCAUAGAAAUGUUGAACGCCAUGAACUCGUUGUCUGAAAACCAGUCGCUUGUCACCAUGCCCCCAUGGUCCAACAUGUGGCUAGUCGGCUCUAUGGCGCUGUCUUUCACACUCCACUUCGUCAUUCUGUAUGUGGAGGUCCUGUCGGCCGUGUUCCAAGUGACGCCUCUGUCCGUGGACGAGUGGAUGACGGUGAUGAAGUUCUCAGUGCCGGUGGUGUUGCUGGACGAGGUCCUCAAGUUCGUCGCCCGCAAGAUCUCCGACGGUGAGACCCGCUCUGUGCUUGACUGGAUGCGAGGCAUGCAGUGGAUUGUGCUCGCGUGGGCGGUUUUCUUUGCCCUCAUCGUGUACGGACCGCUUUAAGGCCGGCCCGCGUCGCCGCCCGGUUUGAUUCACCCUAAUACCCAUCGACCCCUCGGACUGUGGAAACGUAUGGACGAUGAGCUCGCCUCACCACAGUGCGCUAACCGUCUGGAAUGCUAAUCUGCCACGCGUGUGAAGUGACCCUCGGACUGAAUCGUCUUGAGUCCUGUAGUGUUAUGUUCUAGAAUAUUCGAUUUGCAUUUCGCAUGUGCGAGACAAUAAUUUCAUUUCACAGUCGCCCCGAACCCACAACUAUGAUUUCCAUUUAGUAUUCAUAGAAUUGUUUAUAAGGAGUCGAGUGGCUGUGACUACCUUCAUCCAAAAAUUUCUUUACACAAAAUUUUUAAUGGUUAUUUACAGGAAUUUAGUAAUUUGUAAGUUAGUAUAUUUGGAUUCUAUAGUAAUUUUUCUGUAUAUUUAAUAAGUUUUUCUAAGAGAUCCGUUUAUUGGUAAUUAUUACAUCAGGCUCGCACACAGCUCAGUACCUUGUCCUUGUGGACUGCAGACAUGUAAUUAAAUCUUACAUUACCUAGUAAUGUGCACUGUUAGCUUAGAGUAAUUUAUUGUAAGUAUAUAAUUAGGGACUCCAUUGUCUUGAGUGACUAUUCUUAUUAAAAAAGAACAUUUUGUCUGUCCUCUCUCGCGGAUGCUUAAUAAUCAACUCCAAUGCAUUUCCCAUCUACAAGAAUAAUUUUUUCCCAGUUAGCAUUAUGCUACUGCCCCGUAUAUAUCUAGAUAUAUAUACAUCUGCUAACAAUAUUAACAAACUUAUGAAUGUGUCUUCUUGAGCAUAAUUAAUAACCUCUCAUUUUGUUUUUUUUUUUUUGUUUUUGUAUUUUUUUUUUUAUCAAAUGCCACAAAUUAUAUUUAUGUCCAGCUCAUACAAAAUAACUUAAAGUAUUUCAGAGUUACAAUAAAAUAUGUUACAUAAAAUAUUGAUUUUUGUCUUUGGUCAUAUAACUUUAUAAUACAGUUGUAAUUUAUAUCUUCUAAUACUAUUUUAUGCCAACUAUAUUAAUGAGACAUAGUAAUGCUAUAAGUAAUAUAUAUCAGAACCUUAGUUUAUAAUUAAUAAAACUCGUAGUCUGGACAUUUAUAAUUGUUAUAGUAUUGUUAAUGAGAUCUAGCAUGUGUGCAGUUGCAUGAUUUAUUUUUUAAUACAGUUUUUGUGUGUUCCGAGUGAACUUUAUAUAAUAGUUAUAUUGUAUCAAUAAACGUCAAAUAUUUAAGGGUGGAGCCAAAUGUUACGAACUACAUACACACUGCACAGUUGAGGGCAUGCUCAAAAAUUUGUUGUGAAUCCUGAAACUCCUCUUACUCUUAUAUAUAAAUACCUAUGUACUAAAAUGUUGGAGUUAUCUAAAAUAUACACACUUUACAUAAUUAGAA